UAAUUAUAAUUAUUAAGCUCUAUAAUGCUAAUGAAAAAUACUUUGCUACUAGAAUCAUUUGGCAUAUAUUUCACUGUCUCUGACACUUUUAUGUUUCAGUAGCUACACAUCAAUGUCCAGCAGUAUGUGAAUCAGAAGAUAAGGCAUUCAUGGCUUUAAUCUACUGAAACAUUUAUUCAGUGAUUUUCCAAGCACCAAUCUGCUGUGCAAAAAAAAAUUAAAGCCAAAGUAAACAUGCAAACAAUUCUAAAAAUAAUACAAUAAAAUCCAUCCACCAUGUUCCCAGAGUAUGUGAUAAGUGUAUGUGCUUUAUACUCAAAUAAUUUAAAUGAUACCAUCACUCACAGAGAAGGCUUGUACUCACUGGGAAAUCGCUUCAAGUUCUGAGCUGUGGGGCAGCUAUUGCAGGGACAGAUGUGUCCCAUUUCCCAGCUGGCACGGAGGAGGAGACCAUUAGUGUGUGUGAUUUCCCACUGAAACACCCCAGUGCCUCUGCUCGUCUGAGUAUGUAGUUAUAUCCGAUGCUGACAAGCAAAGAAAAUGCUGUGGUUGCCCUCACCCCUUUGUUUUUAUGGCUUCUCACCCAAAGGAGACCUCCACCGGGCUUCUCUCCGCAGACGGCCGUGGACGCGGUGCAGCAGACGCAGCGCAGCUCGGCUCCACUCCGGCUGUUGUCCUUCUGUUUGUGCUGCCAUGGGAACCCCUGCGCCUGCUGUCGGGUGGCACCCGGCCCAUGCACCGAAGGGAUGCCUUGGCGUGGGUUCCCUGCAGCAGGGACAAGUGUCCCUGGCCUGAUGGCACAGAGCUGAGCCAGGUGUUGAUGCUGUCAUUACUGAAUGAUACCUCCUCCUUUCCCCGCAGCUCAGCUGCAGACAGGCAUCUCCUGGGGCCGGUGGCUGAGUUUGUUCAGCAUCAAGACUGUUAUCCUCAGGGAACCACUGGAAAAAACGAAGAGCGAGGAGAUGAGCAGGAUCAGUAUUGCUUUGGAUGUUUGGCAUUUUGGAAGAUGACUGUAAUUCAGGUGACGCUGGAGAAGAAUGAAACUUCACAAAAGCAUCUUAUCUAUUCAACACUGAACCUACACAAAUGGGCCAUAUGCACUGAACUGAGUGCCUGGAGUAACACCACAGCCAAAGAGUCCAAACCCCCAGCCUUGGAUCUCCCCAGACCUGCCUGUUCCUGAGUCAUCUUCACGAGGGACAGCUUGGACUGCGCUGCUCGCCUUGCUCUUGGACCUCUAGGAACGAGCCUCAUCUGUCACAUUGGAAGCAUCAUCAGCUCCUGCACAGCCUUGGGACCAGGGUUUAAACAGCUGAGGCCCAGCUCUUCUGCUUCAUAUCAUCACAUCAGGGGAGGCAGUGAUGGGACAGCAUGUCUGUCACUCACUUAGGAAACCCAUAUUCCUGCAGGAGAUGGCCUGAUUCCCUUGGCCGUUCAGAAUAGUAAUUGGUGCAGCUCUGCUCUUGGGUGUGUUUGACCACAGAUUAAAACCCAGGAGGUCUGCAUCGAAAGCCAGGUUUGGAAUGGGACCUGGUUAAAGAUGGUUUGGAAAAACAGCAGCCAGAAAGUCAGCUGAUAUUUUCUUUCUCAGUAUCUUAAUGAACAGAAAGUUUGGGAGAAAAUCAGAAACUCUCGCCAGCUCUCCACAGUUUUUAAUGUUCCAAAGGGCAUUAACAUACAAAAAUCCUAAAAUGAGUUUCUUCCAUCUUAUCCCUGCCUAGGCCUAUAACUCUGACUUGAAAAGACCACAUAAUUUCCAAACUAGUUAAGGAAAGAAAAAAAUAUAUGAAAGAAUCAAUAAACUGUUGGCCCUGCAGCGCAGAUGCCCUUGCAAGGCCAAAGAAAUGAAGCCCUGAGAUUGCUGUUGCCGUUUCCACCUUGUCCUGCAGAACCACAGUCAGGGAUAAACAUAUUCUUUGUGUCAAUAUUUCUGUAGUACCGAGAGAACUUGCAGUCCUUAUCUGCGAGUGUCAAGGACUGCCGAGUUAAAGCGAUCGUAAUGUUACUGGGGAGUUUGACAGGCUUGGGUGCUCGCCCUGGGCUGUGUUACGGCUCCGGGGCUGAGAGCUGCAGCCCAGCAAGGCUCAGUUGGACACUGCCACCGGCUUUGUGGCAGAGGAACGGGAUCUGUCUGCAGGUGGCUGGUUCAGGAAAAUCUCCAAAUAGAAGUUGAACUCUUUAAUUUUUCUUCGCCUGAUUGUUUUUGCUUCUCUCAUUGGGAAAGAGCGGCCUCGAUUUGUAAAUCACAUGGAAAUGUGCAAGUAAUCAAUUCAGCCUUGCUGACCCUUCUGCUAAGCGGUUGGUUGGCUCUCCAGACUGCUGACAGUUUGCUGCUGCAGCGACGGGGAAUAGCAGGGGCUGGGGCAAAAAUACCACAGGUGACCUCUAAGGCAGCAAAGCACUUACCCUGUGCAGCACAAUCCCUCUUUUUGCCCAUCCGUGAAGCUCAAACACUUUCCCUUCCAGUCCCCUCAAAAGCGAGAAGUCAUUUGUAACACAAAACUGCAAAAAAACUUACAGAAGAUGGGAAAACCUGAGGCAGGAAAAAAAUCAGCCUCAGUACAGCCACAUGUGGAAAGGCAAAGUGUGGGCGGAGCCAAACAAGCCUUAGGUGCAAACUGCUGAGCACGGAGCAGCCUUUUGCUCCCUCUCCCACCUUUCCCGGUGCUAUGCUACGUGGCGUAGCAGUUUGGGAACAACUUCAGCCCGCAAUUUCUUUUUGAUUUUACAAUGCGGUGCUAUUAUUAUCUCCAGGAAAAUUUUAAAAGCCUUGAAUGCUGAGCUUUAUUUGCCUUUCCUGACUGGAUCUUUAGCACACAGCCAUCAGACAAAGGACAAUGGAAAGUGCCUUAACUACGCGUUAGCCCCCGUGUUUGGCGGGGCAGUAGGAAUGCCACAGAGGCUGUCUGAGCAGGGGAACCAGUUUGACCGAAGUUCUCUCCUGAAAGGUGGCAAAAAAGGCGAUGGAAAUUCCCCAGGCAGGAUCAAGCCAUAGAGGUGAUAACUGAUUUUUAAAGAACUUGGUGAUGAGCUGGACAGGGAAGGAAGUCACUUAGCAAUGCACAAAAAGCAUGGGGCAGGGGAAAAGGUGCAUGUAUUUUACAGCAGGGAGAAUUGGUUCAGUUUUGCUGCAGUACCAAAUAAAGCCACUGGACAGAAGAAAGCUGACUUGAGACAUUGGUGACAAUGGCACAAAAGAUCAUCCCCCAAAAGCCUGCCCCAGCCCAAUAGUCAUUGCUGGUUCUCGUGAAAAGUUGGCAGCCAAAAGUGAUCAGAGGAUAAGUCUCGAUAUGUGUUUUUCCUGCUGUUAUGCAAAAGCUCAUAGUGUCUCUAAAACUUGAGCAAAGCUGAGAUGUGUGCCAGCUUGCUUUCACUGUCACGGGGCUCCAAGGAAUUGAUCAGUAAAUCAGUUCGCAGCUUGAGAGGUUCAUUCAGUUAUCCUGGAUGGAUGGAGAAGAGGCUGGCAUUGCCACUGCAGCUCGUAAAUCUCAGUUUUGGGUUUAAGCCCAAAAGCACUUCUAUGGACCCCGGAACCAGGACUGUGAUUUGAGGCCUCACAACAGUCUCAGCGUGAGGGGAAAAAAAACUUCUGAGGUAAAAUCUCUGCUCAGAAAAGAUGCAGUAGAGGAUGAGGCUGUGGCCAUCUUUCACCAAAGAUGACCCCAGAUCCGGGCUCCACGUGACACUGACUUUUGCAUGCUUUGUCAUUAUUCUCUGUUACACGGUAGUGGGUUAGCACAGGAAUGAAAUUGUUUGUGUCAAAAUGAAAUAUCAGAAUUUGUGCUUUCAUGUAUCCUGUUUGUUUGUUUUUAGCAUGUCCUGUGUCUGUCUAGAAUUUUUGUCUGGUCAGAAAAAAAUGGACUUUGGCUAUCUGUCUGGGGUGUCCUAAUGUCUGAUAGCCUGGACAGAGCAGGAAUUUCUACAAGAUUGCUGGACCUCCAGAAGUCCCAAAGGCACAGCCUCUGCAUGUAUGUACGAGGACUUUCCUGAAGUUUCCCAGCACAGCUGAUCUCACAUGCGUGGCUAAGGGCAUCUGGACGUGUGCGAGAAUUUUGGUGCAUCCAGAACCUGUCACACAGUGGGUGAGUGAGCUCACGUCAGGGGUUCGUCCUGGAUGCUCUGGACUCAUUUCCCCUGGCAGUAUGUGUUGCCUGCAUGCAUUUUUAAUUUUAUUAUUUUAUUUUAUUUUAUUU